AUGAGAUGGAUCUCAUAUAAUUCCACCUAUCCAUUACCUGAUCCAGUACUCGAUCGAUUUUGUUUACAAAUCUUACCUAAAAUUCACUGUAAUAUCAAAUGGCUUAAUCUUGAAUCAUCAUCUAUGAAACGUAUUCUUCUUGCUACAAAUUAUCCGAUUUUAUAUGGACUUGGUUUAUUUGAUAUGGACGAUAAAUUACCCAAUUUAAGAUGUUUUUCGUUACAUUCUGAAAUGCCGACGGAUGAUUAUGAUGAAUUAAUUGUACAACAUCUACAACGAAUGUCAAAUUUAGAAAAACUCAGUUUGAAUCUUAUUGUUUGUGUCAAAAAUACAUUUAUUAAUGGAAAUGAAUUGAAGCAGAAUAUUAUUAAUCAUAUGCCACUAUUAAAGAGAUUCGAAUUUUAUAUUUGUUCAGGCAUUUCUCGAAAUCCAAUUUAUUUACCAUCAAAAGAAGAUAUCCAACAUACAUUCAGACAUUUUAAAGACAAUGAAGUUAUUUCUUAUGUUGAUUAUUUCCAAGAAACACAAUGGAAUUUUUGUCAUGUCUAUUUGUAUCCUGAUCAAUUAAAAUAUUAUAAUAUUGUAACAAAUAAUUUUCCCGGUGGAUUAUUUAAAUGUGUUCGUGAAAUAACAUUAGAGGAUGAGCAUCCUUUUGAACAUGAAUUUUUUCUUCGAAUAGCUCAAUCAUUUCCAUUUAUUAAAGUAUUGUCUAUAAAAAAUUUCGAACCACAAAAUAAUAAAUUAUGCAAAGAAUCAAAGAAUGACAAUGAAAAUUUUUCGAUUAUUAAAUAUCCAAAUCUUACUAGUAUCACAUUUUACAAUGCUCAUGAUGAUUAUAUUGAAGAAUUUCUAAUUCAUACGAAAAUAUGUUUACCAGAUAAUGCCGUUCAUCUUAACAUUCAUCUUGAACAACUGAAAAGAGUGACAUACAAUUUUACAAGAGAUGCAACACGAAUCAAUUGUGUAAAACUCCGUUCUUUAUGUCUCAAUGGUCGUCGACUUCCUGAAUAUGCAAAAGACUAUUUUCCAAAUGUAUAA